AUAAAUGCCAAAUAUCAGACAUGGAGCUUAUAUAUAGUAAGCACGUGUCCACACUUUUUCACAAAGCCGAUUCAUAACAAUUAAUUAGCAUUCCACGUGGACACAUCUCUAUAAACUACUCGCCUUGUCUUCUGCCCACGUGUCUCUCUCCAUGCCUCUUCGGUUAUUCUUUAAAACGAUCAGUUCCUGAUUAUUCUCUUUUUUUUACUUGACUAAGCUUCGAUCUUCCUUGUCAUCAUCAUCAUCAUUCUCUCAUCUCUCAAUCUCAAUAGUCUUUGGUUCUUUUCCGUUCUGUUUUCGACGUUGCAAUGGAUUCUCAGGACAUCAGGUACCGUGGCGGGGAAAACAAAGACGCCGCAACGACUGCUAUGGCCGAGACCGAGAGGAAAAACGCUGACGACAGCAAAGGAAAACGCGAUCAAAAGAGGGCGAUGGCGAAACGCGGUCUCAAGUCUCUGGCGGUAGCGGUUGCGGCUCCUGUGCUCGUGACGCUCUUCACCACGUAUUUCCUCGGCACAAGCGACGGCUACGGGAAUCGAGCUCGGUCCUCGUCAUGGAUCCCACCUCUCUGGCUCCUACACACCACGUGUCUCGCGUCGAGCAGUCUCAUGGGAUUGGCUGCGUGGCUCGUAUGGGUCGACGGUGGCUUCCACAAGAAGCCUAAUGCUCUGUAUCUUUACUUGGCUCAGUUUUUGCUUUGUUUGGUUUGGGAUCCGGUUACGUUUCGGGUCGGGUCGGGAAUAGCAGGGCUUGUUGUGUGGUUGGGUCAAUCUGCGGCGCUGUUCGGGUGUUACAGGGCCUUUAACGAGAUAAGCCCGGUCGCUGGUAAUCUGGUAAAGCCUUGUUUGGCUUGGGCUGCUUUUGUAGCCGCUGUUAAUGUAAAGCUUGCAAUCGCGUGAGAGAUCUGUAAACGCCACCGUACGUGUUUGUAGAGAGAGAGUCAGUCAUAUAAAGCGUGUUUUUUUUUAAUGAUCAGUGUUUGUGUUUUCUUGUGAUAUAUACAUAAAAGAUCUCUUCGAUCCAAAAUGUUCUUCUACUCAUUGUGGAGUAACAGACAUGAACAUGAUAUACUACAGAAAUAAAUAUAUUAGUUUUUUUUUUUGGUUUA